AUGGUCAUUGUCCCUAUUAUGGUAGCUCCGGAGCUCGUGUCCCCUCACGUAGCACCGAGUUCAGAAGGGAUUGCGAGGCGAAUGGAGGAUGUCUCGAUAGACCCUGGGACGCCCCCGCGGCCAACAGUCGGGCCCUCCGUCCGAGUCACCCUUCCCCUCAAUGUGAAACCGAAAUCUACAGUAACUACCUCGACAAUCCUCACUGAGCGGAAGCUCCUGCGUCGCGACAAUCUGGAAUACCGAGAGGCUCUCCUCAAGGGCAAAGAGGGCUCGCGCCAACGGCGACGCUGGGAGAAUGAUCGAUUGCUGUCGAAUCCAUGGGUCGAACCCCCUUUGCCUUCCGAUUGGGAAAUUCGCCCAACACAUCCCCGCCGUACGGUGCCGUAUUACCUCGCGCCUCUGUGGGAUGCGGCCGAAUUCCAGCGAGCGGUCGAGGCCAAGCUGAAAGGUCGUAAGAAUAGUACGAGAUCGCGAGGGAAAAGGGCUCUCAACACGGGCGUUAGCCCGAUGGAGGAGGCGGCCUCCAGCAUCCCAAAAGAAGUCCGUGCCAGACUCAAACGCGCAAAAGCUGCUAAAGGACUGCUACACGAUCUUGAAGAGAAUGUGCGGGCAUUUGUCCAAAAGUGGAAUGACAAAGAGGCUCGACUACGGGAAGAAGGGCUCCAAGACGUCCCUCUGACCAGCGACAGUGAAGAAGACGAAGAAAUUGUCUUCAUCGGCAGGAACGGAGCCAUGCACGAUUCUCCCGAUAGACAGAAGAGACAAAAGGAGGAGGGAUGGGAGGAGACGGUCAGCACGGAGAAAGUGGUCUUUGAAAGCUUGGACAACGACAAGGGCGCUGCCUUCGCCCGAUGGCUUGUUCAUUGCGUCGGGAGCUACUACGGCUUGAAGACUUGGAGUGUUACCCGUGAUGUAGAGGGGGGAGGGAAGCGGAGACUAGCCUAUGUCGGUGUGGACAGUAGAGCCAGAGGCUUCAUGGGUCGUGGUGUUGAAGUUGGUCGAGAGUUCGAGCUGCCUCGGCCUCUGUGGGGAAUGGUGUGA